CUCCGUUAGUCAAUCCCAAAAAUCGAACAUAUUUAAGCCGUCCAUAUCAUAUUUCAAAAGCUCUACAUUUCUCAAUCCUAGAUACAAAUGCUUGCGAUUUGAUACCCGACUUGAAAAAUGGAUAAAAACCUAAACUGCGCAGCAUCCGAAGCAAUCCUAGAAAAUGUCUGGGCGAGUUUCAUCGGCCAAAGUUCAUCAGAACCGCCCGAAGCAUGGGAACGAUUGCCUGGUCUCGACGCGAGAACCGGGUCGGUGGGGAUGUUGCAAAGGCUGCCUAGUUUAGGCAGGUGGGUGUCAAUGGGGUCCGAAGCCUGGGAAGAGAUCCUAAGUGAAAUCAUCCCUGGAAUGGCUCAAUCAGAUGUUAAAGACAGGACAAGCGGCUCAUGCUCCGAAGCUGAAGUGAAUUCCUCAGAGGGCAAGGUGGCGAUUGCGCGACACUACCGGGGAGUGAGGAGGCGGCCAUGGGGGAAGUAUGCGGCUGAGAUACGGGACUCAUCGAGAAACGGGGCCCGCGUUUGGCUUGGGACGUUCGACACGGCAGAGGAAGCUGCUCUGGCUUACGACAAGGCAGCACUAAGUAUUAGAGGGCCUAAGGCAUAUCUAAACUUCCCAAUUGAGCAAGUUGCGCAGGCUAUACCCGAGGAUUGCCGUUACAGAGUUCCGGGUGGCUUGGCCACGAUUUCUCCCGGAAGGGGCCGUGAUCACGCGUUACCAAGUCGCGAAGAGAAAAUCAUCAACCCGAGAAAGAGGGCGAGGGAGUGGGAGGGAUUUGAUGGGGUGAUGAUGAAAGAGGGACCUCCAUUGAAGAGGAUUGAGAGCAUGGAAGAGAGUCGCUGGAUUGAUGAACUUGAUGUGGUGGAAUUUGAAGAUUUGGGGAAUGAUUUGUUGGAUAGCUUGCUCUCUUGUUUAUAAACUGGUGGCCAUAAAAAGGAAAAAAAAAACUAGUAGGAUGAAAGUACACGAGCAGAUGGUGAAUUUAGUCAUCAUUGAGACAGAUUCUUUUGAAGUAGCACCAUGUUGUAGUUGGAAGUUUGUAUGGUGGAGAUGUUUGUAAGAUUUUAUUGU